UAUUCUCUGUGGUCUGUGCAGUAUUUACAUACACACAUACAUUACACAGGACAUCCAGUCAUAUAGUACACUGUUCAGAGUGGAAGUUAAGCGCGUGAGAUGCGUAGUGCAAUUAUUGCGUAACGUAGACAUGUCGUUCCAGCAAAUAAAUCCUCGACAAGAUCUUGCAAGCAGGAAGAUACUUGAAGAAAUCCAGUUAAAGAAACAGAUGCUUUUGAAGCAAGGUGUGGCGCCUACUCUUAACUCCUCUUCAAUUAGUGCUCUGCCUGUCGGAGUAACAAAUCCAUCGUCGAUGUCAGCUGAAGCCCAUAUGCUUUCUCCAUCACAGAGAGUUGCUAUGCAGCAAGCCAAUUCCAUGUCAUUUGGUUUCUUUAUUACUCAGGAUUCACUAUUUGGCAACCUUAUACUACCAGUGCUUCCUCGCUUUCACAAGUAGAUAAACUAUUGUAAAAUGGCAUGCUUGAAAUUAAAAGAACUUGAAUCUUGGCUUCAAGAUAUUGACGUUUUUGAAAAACCAAAGGUGUGGCUAGAGCAAUAUGCGACCUCUCCACACAUUGGUAGCCGUAUGCUAUAUACAAUGCAGUCUUGUUAUGGAGACAUAGCAGGGAAGUUGGUAGCAGAUUUGGGCUGUGGAUGUGGUGUUCUUUCGGCAGGUGCUGCAAUGCUUGAUGCAGCCCAGUGUGUGGGAUUUGAGAUAGAUACUGAUGCUUUAAGUAUUUUUUCGCAAAACAUAUCAGAACUUGAACUUACAAAUGUUGAUGUAGUGCAGUGUGAUGUGACUAAUGGGUUGCCAGUAUGUUUUGACAAAGUGUUUGAUGUUGUUGUUAUGAAUCCACCAUUUGGUACAAAACGCAAUCAAGGUGUAGAUGUUAAGUUUCUUGAAGUGGCUGUGAAAUUAGCCAGUGAGGCAGUUUAUUCUCUUCAUAAAACAUCAACAAGGGAAUACAUCCUAAAUAAAGCCUCAAACUGGAACAUGAAAGCUGAAGUCCUAGCAGAGCUGCGUUUCAAUUUACCAGCUUCAUAUAAAUUUCACAAAAAGAGUUGUGUUGACAUUGAUGUUGAUUUCAUUAGAUUUUCAUUUUUAUCAUAAAAUAAAUAAUGUGUGUAAAUA